GACAGUAGUACUUGCGAAAUAAAAAAUACGCUUAGAACCAGAUUCGACACAGGAGAAAAAAGAAGAAAAAGCUUCCAUUUCAAAACCCUAGAACUCAAUUUAAACCAGCUACGGCCAUCAAUUUCUCAAUCCCACCGGCAAGAAUCGCCAUUCUUUUAUAAAACGAGAAAAAGUCAGGGAGAGUGAGAGAGGGAUUUUAGAAUCAUGUAUCAAGAGAGAGGAACGAGACCAGAGGUUGUGGAUCGUAAACGAAUCAACCAAGCUCUUGAACGCCCUUCUCCGUCAACCUCCCGUCAAGCUAACGGCAACGGAAAAGGAACCGUCACGGGAAAGCAGCCGCAUGACACUAGAGAUUCACGUUCUGCUUCUCUCUCUAAGAGUAACGUUUCAGACAAUGAAUCAGACACAGACAGUGAAGAAGAAUCUGAUGUCAGUGGUUCAGACACCUCAUGGAUAUCUUGGUUCUGUAGUUUAAGGGGAAACGAGUUCUUCUGUGAAGUUGGUGAAGAUUACAUCCAAGAUGACUUCAACCUAUGUGGACUCAGCAGUCUAAUUCCCUACUAUGAGUAUGCCCUUGAUCUGAUUUUGGAUGUAGAGUCUUCUCAUGGGGAGAUGUUUACAGAGGAACAGAAUGAAUUGAUCGAGUCAGCAGCUGAGAUGCUUUAUGGACUUAUUCAUGCGCGUUACAUAUUAACAACUAAAGGGUUGGCUGCAAUGUUGGAUAAAUACAAAAACUACGACUUUGGAAGAUGUCCUAGAGUUUAUUGUUGUGGCCAAACUUGUCUUCCGGUUGGUCAGUCGGAUUUGCCUCGAUCAAGCACUGUGAAAAUAUAUUGCCCUAAAUGUGGAGACAUUUAUUACCCAAGAUCAAAAUACCAAGGCAACAUUGAUGGUGCUUACUUCGGGACAACGUUUCCACAUCUGUUCUUGAUGACUUACGGACAUCUCAAGCCACAAAAGGCAACACAAAACUAUGUUCCAAGAGUAUUUGGGUUCAAAUUACACAAGCCGUGAAGGAAGUUUAAGAUAGAGAAAAUCAAGAUUAUUGCUUUGGAUUUGAAAAGAGAAACAAGAAGCAUUGUAAUCACGAAAGGUGAAGAAGCAAUUAGUCUUGGCUCUAUUUGUCAUCAGGUACAUACAACACAUUAUAAGCAAGCAAAAGCAUGGUUAGAAGAAAAAUCAUUUGAUGAGCUUUGAAAUUUGCACCUGUAUGUUCCUACUUCUGUAAUCUUUUUAUUUUCGUUUGUUUUGUUUCUCAUUGGCAGAUGAUAUCAAAAGGAAAGUUAUAUUUUAGCUUCA